GGUUAACAACUCGGAGCAAAAUUUUGGAGCCUUCGUCACAUAGAUAGCUACUGUUCGCUUGGCAUGUAUGUUCUGUGUAUUUGAACGUUUCCGACGUUGUUUACAGACCAUCUCCCAAAAUUACACACUUUUCUAUGGGUUACCUCUCACAACCAGCACUCAAAAACCUCAAAAAAUAUUCCUAUAAAGGUGUAGAUGAAUCUUUGGUUUCGCAUUAUCUCCUUACGCCAUAUUGGAAUUGGUUCAUCAAGCUCUUUCCAUUGACCAUCGCCCCAAACACCAUAACCCUCCUUGGCCUAUGCAUCGUUGUUUUUAAUGUCAUUACACUACUAUAUUAUGACCCGCUUUACUUGACCGAGAAGGACGGGGCACCAGGACCUCCUCAGUGGAUCUACUUCACAUGGGCGAUUGGAUUGUUCAUGUACCAAAGUUUUGAUGCGGUAGAUGGCAAGCAAGCACGCAGAACGGGAAUGGCCGGUCCUUUGGGAGAAAUGUUUGAUCACGGUUGUGAUGCACUCAACACUACACUCGAGGUCGCUCUCGCCUCGCGUGCACUCAAUCUUGGCCGCUCAUGGUGGACUGUUGCAUCGCAAAUUGCUACCCUUGCAAGCUUCUACUUGACUACAUGGGAAGAAUAUCAUACUGGAAUAUUGUACCUUGGUCCAUUUUCAGGCCCGGUAGAGGGUAUCUUAAUGAUUGUGAUCAUUUAUAUUAUAACGGGAAUAUUUGGUCCUACAUUCUGGGACAAGAAACUCCUGACUUUUACCCGUCUAAAUAAGAUACCCCAAAUUGUUCAGCACGUUCCUAAUAUUGGUCUUAAUGAGUCUUUCAUGGUUUUCGGUGCCUUUGGUCUGGCUUUCAACAUUAUCUCAAGCUACCGCAACGUCAUUAAAGCCACCAGAUCUGAGGGGAAGUCAAGUCUCAAACCCCUCGUCUACCUCUUGCCCUUCGUUAUUUCAGCGACCCUCCAGAUCUUGUGGUUGUUGAGCCCCACUUACCACGAUUCCGCUAUCAUUCACUCACCACUCUUCCUACCGUUUCUUUGCGCAUGGGGCUUACAGUUUGCUCAUCAAGUGGGAAGGAUGAUCUUAAGCCAUAUUACACGUGCACCAUUUCCCCUGUGGAACAGCUUGUGGCUAUGGAAUGUUGUCGGGGUGAUCGAUGCCCAGCUCCCAUUCCUGAUUGACAGAUCGUCGUUAAUACAGUCAACACCAAAGCGAACGGCGGUGUUCAUCUACCUGACGCUCGCGGUUUCGUUCAUCACCUAUGCACGCUUCUGCGCGUUGGUCAUUAGGGAUAUCACGGAGUUUCUCGGUAUCGCUUGUUUUACUGUGCGCAAGAAGGAUGGGGAGGGCGUGUGGAGGGAGACGCGUGACAUCCAGCAGGAUGGGUAUGUGAAACGGCUUUGACGCUAGUUGAGGAUUGGGACAGCACACAUGUCUCGUCUGCACUGUCGUACGUAUUGUUUGCUCUAGAUUCAUUGUUUCAUUCACCGAAUACCAUUGCUUGAACAUGACUGAGUACGAAGAUACUACUAGUGCAGCACAAAGAUGAGUAACAAUCCGAUAAUACAACAUGGCGCAAGUUUUCCCUCUUUCAUUUUAUUUCAUUGCCCUCCUGCGGAGCUUAAAGCUUGCUAG